CAACAUUCAGCCCAGUAUACUCACGGACACCAUGCCUCAGUACUAAGGUCCCAUUCAUGGCGCACAGCCUCCAACUCCUGCGCAUAUCUCCUCCCUCACCUGAAGCCCGACAUGCACAUCCUGGACGUGGGAUGCGGCCCCGGCUCCAUAACCGUCGAUCUCGCUCGGUUCGUUCCCCAAGGUCGUGUCGUAGGCCUGGAGCCCACCCCGCAGCCGCUGGAGCAAGCACGCGCUCUGGCCGCCGACAAGGGCGUCAAGAACGUCGAAUGGGUCGUGGGCGACGCUCAGAAGCUCGACUUCCGGGAUAACACUUUCGACGUCGUGCACGCGCACGCGGUCAUUCAGCACCUUGGCGAUCCUGUCCAAGCCUUCCACGAGAUGCGCAGGGUCACCAAGCCCGGCGGGCUCAUCGCCGACCGCGAGACGGACGCUGCCACCAUGACAUGGUACCCCGAGGUCAACGGUAUGCGCGAGUGGCAUAACUUGUUCUACCGCGUGUCCCGCGCAAACGGCGGAGAGCCUGACGCCGGACGCCGGUUGCAUGUUUGGGCGAAGGAGGCUGGGAUAGAUCCUAAAGGGAUGACGAAGAGCGUCAGCGGGUGGUGCUACAGCACGCCGGAAGAGCGAGCGUGGUGGAGCGACCUCUGGGCCGAGCGGACCCUCAAGUCAGACUUCCCUAAGACGGCAAAGGAAAAGGGUUUGGCGACGGACGAGGAUCUUGAGCGCGCCGCUGAAGCGUGGCGAGCAUGGGGCAGGGAGGAGGAUGGAUGGUUUGCCUUAUUCCAUGGGGAACUCCUGUGC